AUGGCUGGUCUUGCUCUGACAGUGCGUAAUUCACGUUUUCUUCUUGCCACGCUGGUGAUUCUUGGAAUUGUAGGGUUCCUGAUCACGUCUCCUUCGAGCGUGUCACAAUCUCUGGACAAAGCCCAGGAGUCCUUUAAGGGCGUUUCUCAAUCCACUCAUAACACCGCUGGUGAGUUUGACGCUGAGACAAAGGGAUCAAACGAUCGUGUUGGUGCUGACGACACUCCAAAGGUGGACUUUGGAACCUCUCCCCAGUUUGCUGACGAUUCUGUGAAAGACUUGGAGAGCGCAGGUGUUGAACAGAGCCCAAAGGCUGUUGAUGACGGCGCUCCGUUGAAGGAGGCUCCAAAGCCAGAGGGCUCGAACUCUGGAUCUGGAUCGUCAAACGGCGGUAGAAAGGGCAGCAGUAAGGAUACAGAGUACGUUGUCAUGAUUGAUGCGGGAUCUACUGGUUCAAGAAUCCACGUUUAUGAGUUUGACACAUGUUAUUCUCCUCCAAAGUUGUUGAAGGAAACCUUUGAGAUGCUGAAACCUGGUUUGUCAUCGUUUGAUACCGAUGUAACAGGUGCUGCUCUCUCGUUGGACCCACUGUUAAAGAUUGCGCUCGAUACCGUGCCAGCAAGCUCCAGAGGUUGUACACCUGUGGCUGUGAAGGCCACUGCGGGUCUCCGUUUAUUAGGAGAAGAGAAAUCCAAGGCUAUCUUGGAAGGUGUUCGUUCACAUUUGGAGGAUAAUUACCCAUUCGCUGUGGUCUCUGGUGAUGGUGUCUCCAUCAUGAGUGGUGACGAUGAAGGUGUCUAUGCGUGGAUCACGGCAAACUACUUGUUGGGUAACAUUGGAUCGUCAGAGAAGUUCCCAACUGCUGCUGUUUUUGACCUUGGUGGUGGCUCUACACAGAUUGUCUUUGAACCAGAGUUCAAGAAUGGCGAAAAGAUGGUUGAAGGUGAACACAAGUACGACAUCAGUUUCGGUAACAGAGACUUUGAACUGUACCAAUUCUCUCACCUGGGAUAUGGAUUGAUGGCUGGCAGAAACAAAAUCAACUCUCUGAUCGUGCAGACUGCCAUUAAGAAUGGUGACAUGUCUGCUGACCAAGAGACUGCGAUUUUGGAGUCUCCAUGUAUCCCACCAGGACUCGAGGCCAAAAACGUUGAAGUGAAGUUGGAAAGCGGAGAGAAAUAUUCCAUCACAUUCAAAGGCUCAGAGACACCAGUAGGUGCUCAGUGUAGAUUCCUCGCAGAGGCAAUCUUGAAGAAGGAUGCCGAGUGUACGACUGCUCCAUGUUCUUUCAACGGUGUCCAUCAACCUUCUCUCGUGAGAACCUUCAGAGAGUCAUCCGAUCUGUACGUGUUCUCCUACUUCUACGACAGAACCAACCCAUUGGGUAUGCCAUCAUCGUUCACGUUGGAAGAACUUAGAGAUCUUGCAAAGGUUGUGUGCAACGGUGAGUCAACAUGGACCUCUGCGCUUGGUGCCAUUGACGGUUCCCUAAAGGAACUAGCCGAGGAGCCACAAUGGUGUCUGGACCUAUCAUUCCAAGUGGCAUUGUUGCACACUGGUUAUGACAUCCCAUUGCACAGGGAGCUCAGAACUGCAAAGAAGAUUGCCAACAACGAACUUGGAUGGUGCUUAGGUGCGUCCUUACCGUUGCUGGACAAGAAUGGAUGGCAGUGCCGUGUCAAGGAAGUGAACCCAUAG